AUGGCAUCCUCAGUCCUGUACUCAAACAUUGGCAACCCUCCAACCCAAAUAAUCAAAGGCGAAGGCCACUAUCUUCUGACCGAAGAUGGGCUCAAAUUAUUCGACGCUACCAGCGGUGCAGCCGUUGCUGCACUAGGGCAUAAUAAUCCAGAAAUCAAGGCAGCCAUCGUGGAGCAAUUGGAGACUUUGGAUUAUUGUUACUUGCCGUUUUUCACUUCUGCGGCAGCGGAGAAGAUUUGCUCGUUUUUGACGGAGUCGACUGGCGGGGAGAUGUCGAAGGUGUUUAUUGUGAGCUCGGGGACAGAAGCGGUAGAAGCUUCCUUAAAGAUGGCUCGGCAAUAUUUCGUUGAGCUAGGACAACUUCCACGGACAAAAUUCAUUGCUCGAAAGCAAUCAUAUCAUGGUAAUACACUGGGAUCUCUAGCUACCGGUUUUCACAAAGGGAGGAGAGCCAUUUAUGAGCCCAUACUUGCAGCGAAUGUUUCGCAUGUGUCUCCCUGUUAUGCAUAUAGAGGCUGUAAAUCCGGAGAGAGCGAUGAGGAGUAUGUCAAUCGGCUAGCGAAGGAGCUUGAAGAUGAGUUUCAGUCUCAAGGUCCGGAUACGGUCUGUGCAUUUAUAGCAGAGACAGUUUCUGGAACGACUCUUGGUUGCGUGCCUCCCGUUCCCGGAUAUUUCAAAGCAAUGAGAGAAGUCUGCGACCGCCACGGUGCACUACUGAUCCUAGAUGAAGUCAUGUCUGGAAUGGGUCGGACUGGCACGUUGCACGCCUGGCAACAAGAAGGGGUUGUUCCCGAUCUUCAGACGAUUGCUAAAGGACUUGGAGCCGGAUUUGUACCUAUUGGUGCUCUUAUGCUUAAUAAGAGGGUGGUUGAGGUCCUGUCGAGGGGCUCCAAGGCUUUUGUCCAUAGCCAGACUUAUCAAGGACAUCCAGUUGCUUGUGCUGCGGCUUUGGCAGUGCAAAAUAUAGUGGCGAGGGAUGGUUUACUUGACAAUGUCAAAUUGCAAGGCGAAUUACUUGGGAAACUGCUGCAGGAACGCUUAAGUGGGCAUAAACGUGUCGGAGACAUUCGUGGUCGGGGGCUACUCUGGGGAAUCGAAUUCGUAAAGGACAAAACAACAAAAGAACCGUUUCCAGCCCAAGAACAAAUCGGACAAAAAAUUCAUCUAAAAGGGCUCGAACCGAAGUAUUCCAUCUCGCUCAUGCCAGGACCUGGCAUUGUAGAUGGCAAAGAUGGAGAUAUUAUUCUUAUUGCACCGCCAUACACUGUCUCUUCCGCGGAUGUUAAACAUAUAGUUAAUACGAUCGCGGAGGUCCCUUCGGGCCGAUAUUUAUCCAUAACAAGAAAGAGAGACAAGGACAAGAACGUUGAGAACGCUCCAUCAAGAAUCUAUCAAUCCCCAAAGGGGAACGUACAACUGAUAUCUCCACUACUGCUCAUAAUCCUCGGCAACCAGAUCUUCCUCAAGAAUCUUAACAAUACUCGAGUUAUAGCUCAUGACGUGCACCAAAAUGCUUUUGGUGCUGAUUGUUGUUAUGAGUGCUCACGCCGGAGAAUCGACUGCGAUCGCCAACAACCAACCUGUCAAAAAUGUGAGACAAAGGGAUUAGCAUGCAGUGGAUUAGAUAUUCGAUAUCGAUUCAACGGCGGCUUAGCAUCUCGAGGCAAACUCGUGGGUAAAAGCAUUCCUACUAUACUUUCGUAUGGUGGGGAGGCUUCUCCUGUGGCCGAAUCUUCCUCAAUUGAAGUAAAGUCGAGACAUUCUCGUCAAGAAGGUGAAAGGCACGACUUACAGGAGACAUAUACUCCUCGUAAAGGAGAUAAACUCAGAACCCAGUCAAGAAGUCCCCGCAUGACUCGGCAUUUGCUCUCAAUCACCGUUAGGAAUAACGACCAGCAAAGGGAGGGAAACGACAGCCCAGCUGUACAGAUUGGAAUAGCUCUCAGCCACGUCGAUGGAAAGACACAAUAUUUGAUGCAGUAUUUUGCUGAACAUAUCGCCCCGGCCGCUACGGUAAUCAACAGAGGCUUCAACGGUUUCCGAGAUUUACUCUUACCGUAUGCUGAAACGGACCCGUUUGUUAGAGGAGCGAUUGCAGCAGUGUCUAGACAGCAUAUAAUUCUACGAUUCGGGGGUGACGUAGUCUCUGAUAUUCGGGAAUAUAAUUCUCUCAUUAUAGAAUUGGUAGCAAGAUCAAAAAUGUCCGCCCCGAAUCAGGAUAUCUCUAGUUUGAUAGUGCUCCUGCUUCUGCAUUAUAGGGAGACUAUCAGCGGAGGCAAUGGAUUCAAGUACCUUUACGGUUCUUUGAAAGCAUUGCCAGAUAUGACAAUACAAAGUAACUUGGCGGGUCAGUUGAAUGAAUUGACACGGUUUGUCAAUAUACAAAUCCUGAGACUUCGUCUUUUCGCCGAGCCACUCUUCGAUGAGGCAGAUGGAAAGCAAUACCUAUCGCUCCAUCGUACAAGAUGCUUCGAAUUCUUGCGUUUCUGUCAAAGUCUCCACCCGGAAUACGAGGAGCUGAUGGACCUCUUAUUCGCGGCUGUUACUUUAGCCUGUGAGGUUUAUGUUCGACGGGCAUGUUUUGAUCCCCCGUCGUUCAAGGCAGCUCACCUGAUCGAAAAUUUCCGCCAGCUUGUUGAGCGGGUGAAGAGUUAUGGCAAUGUUGUGGGCCAGAAUUUGCUUGCAUGGCCGUUUUUUGUCAUGGCAGCUGAGAGCUCAACUCUGGAGGAUAGAGAGUUCUUCCUCAAUGAGCUGCGGCUCUUGUAUGAGGCUACUGGUUAUCGGAGUGCUCUUCGAGGCGUAGAAACGAUUCGCAACAUGUGGCAGACUGGACUGAAUAUUCGAUGGACCAGUCUUCUCGGUGGAUACGACCAGUUUUUGAUUAUGUAG